AUGCAGUCAGACAAUAUGAAGAGGGAUGACCCGAUUACAGUCGACGAGGCUAUGCAGAUUGCAAAGACAAGGUUGCCGAAGAAUAUCUGGGAAUUCUACGUAUGCGGGUCCGAUGAUGGGAACGCGGUAAAGCGCAACUCCGAGGCAUUCGAUCGUCUCUUCAUUCUACCCCGUGUAAUGCGAAAUGUCACGAGCGUCGAUACAAGUACCACGCUGUUCGGUACUAAAUACCCUCUUCCAAUUGGCAUUGCUCCGAGUGCAAUGCAAAAGUUGGUUGGCGGUAAUGGAGAAGUCGACAUGGCACGCGCUGCAGCUUCGUUGGGCAUGAACUUGACUCUUUCUUCUCAAUCGACGACCAGUCUAGAGGAGGUCAUGCAGGAAAGGAAUUGCAUGGACAACCACCCGCCUUUUUGGAUGCAAAUCUAUAUGACUCAAGAUCUUGAAAAGAGCAUUCCUCUGAUAAAGCGUGCUGAAGCUGCCGGGUACGAAGCACUGGUCGUGACGGUCGAUACGCCUGUCCUCGGAAACAGGAUCAACGAACGAAAGACUCCAUUGGUUCUGCCUGAGAAUCUCCGCUUGGCCAACAUCGAAUCACCAGCAAACGCGCCGAAACUGCGAAAGCCAACUUUCAAUCGAUUGCUAAUGGAUGCCCGCACAGCCCAGCAAGCCCAAGAUAUCAUCUCGUCCGCUGGUGGAUCCAUGCAUAGUGCGUCGUUGGAAUGGACAUCGACAAUCAAUUUCCUCCGCAAAACAACGAGCAUGAAGGUCAUUCUGAAGGGCAUCAUGACACCAGAAGACGCAGCUCUGGCGGUUAAGCACGGGGCAGAUUUUGUGCUUGUGGGGCGUGCAGUGUUGUGGGGCCUUGCAUUUGACGGCCAGCGCGGAGUCGAGACGAUCGGUCACAUAUUGGAAAGAGAGCUUAGUCGUGCUAUGGCUCUAGCCGGUAUCGUAAAUUUGAAGGAGGCGGACAGGAGGAUGCUUGCUGUUGCAAAACAAGAAGGUUUUGGCAUGGCACGACUGUGA